AGCUAUCCUCCUGGCUUUGGCUGCACAAAACUGAGUUGCGUUUAGCCCGUAUUAUAGAUUUAAAUUAAUUACAUUUUUUAAGGAUUAUGGUUUGUUCUUGAGUGAAAUCUGCGGCUCUAGACCUUACCAUGUUUGCGAAUGGUCACGUGGUGCCAACACCGCCCCUUGUACAUGCUCGUUGCUGGAUUGGGGAAAACCUGGGUUGAUUUAACGAGUUGAUAACCAUCGUGGUGACAUUACUUAUGUGUGAUGGAGGUUUUUAGGGUUUGUCAAGCCAGCUAACGAAAAAGAUACCCCGGUAGACUUUCAGGACUUGGACGGCAAUCCUACAUCUCUCGUUAACCUUCAAACCGACCUCAUGGACUCCGACAGCAAUGGGGAAAACUACAUGCUUGCUUCAGUCCCUUUAAGACAUAUGGUUGAAUCCUGGGGGAAGCCGGACACUGGAGUAACAUUUAAAACCGAAAAUGCCGAAGUGGAGAGCUUCACUCCAGCUGCCCCCAGCAGACCUGCUACUGAUGAGGAGCAUGUUCCUUACUUAACGGAGUCCCAGAUGAUGGACCGCAUUCGCCAACAACGCUUCACACAAGACGAGUUGGAUGUCCUGGUGCGGGAGAUCCAGGCCCGCUACCACAGAAUCUACGGCAAAGGGCUGCCGUUCGCCGAGAUCCGACAGGCGUGGGAGGAGGUGGCGGCAGCGGUCAACAACGCUGGCUUUGGCCCCACCAGGACCGCCAGCGGCUGCCAGAGACGCUUCAGAGACCUAAAGCGGCGUGCCAAGAUGAAGCUGGUCAACAGAGCUAGCACAAAGCCAUCACAAAGAGCAGAGAAUGGACCUGCAGGAAAGGACACUCAGUCAUGCAGCGAAACAGCUACACCUGCAACCUCACCUUCUGAGAGACCUGUAGCUGGAACAGCGGAUGGUGGAAACGGUGGAGCAUCUCUCCACCCCUUUGCUCUCUUUAACACCAUGGAUGUUCCCAGUCAAGACCCCUUGGGUACCGUGGGUGGGCCCAGUCAAGACCCCUCGAGUACCGUGGGUGUCCCCAGCCAGUCUCGGGAGCCCCUGGAGGUCCGCCAGAGGAGCCUGGAGAUGCUGCAGAGGGAGUUUAAACCCCAGAGCCGAAACCACUUCACGAAGGAGCAGAUGGACAUCCUCCUGCGCGAGAUCAAGGCCCGCUACCACAGGCUUUUCGGUGACAGACAGCACCCUCCGCGGUUCUCGGAUCGGCGGCAGGCGUGGGAAGAGGUGGCAGCCGCCAUCAACCGUGCUCGCUGCGGCCCCACCAAGUCUGCCAGCGCCUGCUGCAAACGCCUCAGCGACCUGAAACGGCGGCGCAAGAUGAGAAUGGGCAAACACAUCGUGUCUAUGUGUCAGGAGGGGCCUAUUAUUACAGCCGCAUUCUCCCACGCGAGCCCCAUGGGAAUGAACAUCCUCCCAUCAGUGAGUAUGCAGCUACUGCAAAGCCCAGAGAACGCACCCACAGACGCAGCUGAACCCGAACCAGCCACCACACCAACACCUGCACCAGCUCCGCCGCCCACACAAAAACCUGCACCGUUUCCUGCAUUAGCAAAUGAAACAGCACCCACACCAACACCUGCACCAGCAACUGCACCCGCACCAACACUCACAACAACACCCGCACCCACUCGAGCACCAAUACUGACACCCAUACCAACACUCACACAUAUACCAACACUCGAACCCAUACUAACACUUGCUCUUGCACCGGCACCAACAUUCGCACCAACACUUACACUCCCACUCACACUCCCAUCAACAGUCACACAAACUGCACCAGAUCCUACCCCAGCCACCACACCCACCCUUGCACCCUCGCCAGCUGCUCCAGUACUCACACCUGUACCAACACUCACACCUGUACCAACACUAGAACCAACACUUACACGCACACCAACACCAUCUGAGAGUCCUGUAGCUGGAGCAAACAGCGGGACCGCCGGAGUUUCAGUCAGUCCCCCAGCAGCCUCGAGCACCACGGGUGCUCCGUGUCCGUCGCGGAGGCGGUGGGAGCAGGAGCUGCUGGAGGUGCAGCGCGAGGGUCUGGAGGUGCUGCAGAGGGAGGUGGGAGCUCUGCGCCGUGGCCUGGACACGCGCCUCCGCAGGAUGGAGAGCCGCACGUACCCCCUCCUGCUCUCCAUCAGCCGCAGCCUGGAGAGGAUAGCCAACGCCACGGAGCGCAACUCCACCCCUGAUGCCACCACUCCACUGCACACCGACACGCCCCCCAGGACACCAAGGGGCAGAGCUGUGGUGGAACGACCGGCCACCAGCCAAACCCGUGCUUCUUCAAAGGGGCGAGCAGCCGGGACCUGCAAACGCAAAAGAGGGAGACGCGCCUAACAAUACGACCCACCGAGACAUAAAACUUGAAACACCUUUGGCUUUCAUGACAAUUGCCACAUGACAGCAGCUCAAUAAGGCUCCUGUACUGCUCCACCGAGAAAGCUGACCUAAUGUACUUCUGUGAUAUCGUAAUUAGGCUAGCUUAUCGAGUUUUCCUCCAUUAACUUCAAAACAUUUCUGAACUAUUCACAUUGCAAAAUAACUGCAUAUUUAAAAAUAAAAAAAAAUGUAAUUGAUCCCUUUUGGGGUCCAGUACAUGCAGGCCAUGAGUGAAGGAACUUGUUCUGCAAUGAUACAAAGGUAGAACGAAUUCCUAUAGAGUAAAUUCUGCAUUUCAUGAUUUUUACUUUCAUAAUGUUUAUAAUCUUUGUUACAGACCAACAUGAUUUAAUUUCCUAGCUAAUAAAAUCCAGCAUAAUAAACCCUCUCUGUCAAUGCCAAGAUAAUCUGCCCAUCUAGCACAAUCUUGCAUCUUUGAUCAAUAAAAAACACAUCUUUGAUGUGUAAGUGAAGUAAAA